AUUAUUAUUGUUAUUAUUAUUGUAGAAAUGUCAAUGAAGAGAGUUGAAUUAACUCGUGAAUUACUAGUAACGAAUUCCCUAUCCAAAGUAUUUCCUAAACACGAAACACCCUUGUCUUCGAUAUCAUUUAAUGAUACAGGUGAAUAUUGUGCCGUUGCAGGUGAAGACGAUAGUUUAAACGUAUACAAUUGCAGAGAAGGAACUGUUCAUUCAACACUCUUUUCAAAAAAAUAUGGAGUUACUCUUGCUCGUUUUACUCAUCACAAAAACAAUGUCAUUUAUGCGUCCACCAAAGAAGACGAUACGUUAAGAUAUCUUUCAAUCCACGACAACAAAUACAUUAGAUACUUUCGUGGUCAUAAAAAGAGAGUUACGUCUGUAGAAAUGUCACCUAUCGACGAUACAUUAUUGACAGCUUCGAUGGAUGAAACCGUGCGUUUAUGGGAUUUAAGAACAUCAACGUGUCAGGGGAUGGUAGGAGGUGAAGGACGUACACUUGUAGCAAUUGAUCCACAGGGUCUUGUGUUUGCCGUCGGUAUUAAUGGCAAUACGAUCCAAGUCUAUGAUUUUAGAGAGUUUACACAAGGUCCCUUUGCGACCUGGACUAUAGAGGAUCGCUUACCAGAGUGGACCAGUCUUAAGUUCUCUUCUGACGGUAAACGAUUGAUUGUGACAACCAUUUCAGAUACAAUUUAUGUGUUGGAUGCAUAUGAAGGUCGCUUAUUACAGCGUUUGGUCGGUCAUGCAGGUCCUAAUAAAACUUCCUGUGGUGAAGAAGUUUGUAUCACCCCAGAUGCAAGAUACGUGUUGGCUGGUGGCCGCGAUAACUGUUUAAGAGUCUGGGACUUGAAUCAAUCCAAAGACAUAGAUCUUCAACCUUUUUCUACUCUUCCUUCUCCUCAUAAAGCAGGCAUUAAGAUCGUCGGCUAUAAUCCUUUAAAUGCCAUUGCCGUCACAGGCUCAGAAGAGUUGGCCUUCUGGCUUCCUAGUAGGCAAAAAAAAGCACAGAUAAUGACGCUUAAUUCAAAUGAAAAACUGACGAUAUGUAUUGAUCGUGGAGGAACAUUUACCGAUUGUAUUGGGUUUAUAGGAAAACCAGGGGAUAGUAACUAUCGCGAAUUUGUUGUAAAGCUGUUGUCAGAAGAUCCCUCCAAUUAUGGAGAUGCACCUACAGAAGGUAUCCGUCGUAUUGUUGAGCUAGCAACGGGUAACUCACAUCCUCGUUCUCAACCUGUGCCUACCACAUCCAUCGAAAGUGUGCGCAUGGGUACCACAGUAGCUACAAACGCUUUGCUAGAGCGAAAGGGUGAAUCUAGUGCAUUACUAAUCACUAAAGGAUUCAAAGAUCUUCUGACUAUUGGUAAUCAAUCCAGACCCAAGAUCUUUGAUCUUUCUAUUAAAAAACCAGAUGUGCUUUACCAGAAAGUGAUUGAAAUCGAUGAACGUGUUGUAUUGUUAAAUUCAGCUGCUUCUACUGAACAAAUUGAUGAUGCUGCCGCUUUAUCAAACAUCAAUGUUCGUAAAGGCAUCUCUGGAGAAUAUAUCAAAAUUCUUCAAGCACCAGACCUCAACAUCAUUAAAAGUCAACUCCAAUCCGUAUACGAUGAAGGUUAUCGUAGUAUUGCUGUUUGCCUUUUACAUUCAUACACGUUUCCCGAUCAUGAAACGCAGGUAGGCGAAUUAGCUCAAAGUAUUGGAUUUACACAUGUUUCACUUUCCAGUCAAGUCAUGCCGAUGGUCAAGAUUGUACCUCGAGGAACCUCUGCCACAGCCGACGCUUACUUGACACCUUGUAUCAAGGAAUAUAUCAAGGGAUUUACGCGUGGAUUCGAUGACGGAUUCCAAAAAGGGACGACACAAUUACAAUUUAUGCAGAGUGAUGGUGGACUUGUACCCGUCAGCCACUUUUCGGGCUUUAAAGCCAUUUUAUCAGGUCCCGCUGGUGGUGUUGUGGGGUAUGCAUUGACUACUUUUGAUCAAAAGAGUCGCGUACCAGUGAUUGGAUUCGAUAUGGGUGGCACUAGUACAGAUGUCUCGCGAUUUGAUGGACAUUAUGAACAUGUGUUUGAAACAACUACAGCCGGUGUCACGAUUCAAGCACCUCAAUUGGAUAUUCACACCGUGGCUGCAGGUGGUGGGUCCAUGUUGUUCUUUAAAAACGGAAUGUUUGUUGUUGGUCCAGAGAGUGCGGGAGCUCAUCCAGGUCCGGCUUGUUAUAGAAAGGAUGGUCCUUUAGCCGUAUCCGAUGCAAACUUGUAUUUAGGUCGUCUUUUACCAGACUAUUUCCCAAAGAUCUUUGGUCCCAAUGAAGAUUUACCGUUAGACCGCGAUAUUGUCCAACAAAAGUUUCAAGCUUUAGCAGAUCACAUCAAUGAAACCACACAACAACAAAAAUCAUUGGACGAGAUUGUAUAUGGAUUUAUCAAGGUGGCCAAUGAAACCAUGUGUAGACCUAUUCGAGCUUUAACAGAAGCAAAAGGCCAUGAUACCAGCAACCAUACGUUAGCGGUGUUUGGUGGUGCAGGUGGUCAACAUGCAUGUGGUAUUGCGCGUAAUUUGGGUAUCAAUAAGAUUGUAUUGUAUCGUCAUAGUUCUAUCUUGUCUGCCUUUGGUUUGGCGUUAGCAGACGUUGUACAUGAAGUACAAGAACCUUGUGCUGAAAGGCUUCAUCUCUCUUUGGAUCGUAUUCAAGAACGCGUUGCAGCUUUAGAAAAGGACUGUAUCACCGAGUUAACAAAGCAAGGGUUUAAAGAGAUUGAGACAGAAGUAUACUUGAAUUUACGUUACGAUGGUACGGAUUGUGCUUUAAUGACACUUCAACCAGAGGCUGGUAACUGGGAGUUCGAAAAGGCCUUCUUUGAAUUGUAUACACAAGAAUUUGGCUUUUUAUUAAACGGUCGAGAUAUUAUUGUGGAUGAUAUUCGUGUACGAGGUAUUGGAAAGACGGUACAGAAUAAUGAUUUGACACCAGAUCAUGAUAUUGCCGAAUUGAAGGCCAAUAACAAGAUUGCAGAGGUGUCCAUUGCAGCGGAUAAAUACGUGUCGGUGUAUUUUGAAGAGACAGGACGUAAUGAUCGCGUACCUGUGUAUCGUUUGGGAGACCUUCAGCCCGGUUCACUUUUAACGGGUCCCGCCGUCAUUAUUGAUGUGACAGCCACGGUCAUUGUUGAACCUUCCUGUACGGCCUUGAUCACAUCGGGUCAUAUCACGAUCACGGUGGGUCGAGGCGAAAAGAAGGUGGUAACCACCAAGAUGGAGCCUAUCCAAUUAUCCAUCUUUUCGCAUCGGUUCAUGAGUAUUGCGGAACAAAUGGGUCGUACAUUACAAAAGACCGCGAUUUCAACCAAUAUUAAGGAACGAUUGGAUUUUUCAUGUGCACUAUUUGGCGCGGAUGGUGGAUUAGUAGCCAACGCACCCCAUAUUCCUGUGCAUUUGGGGUCGCUUUCACAUGCGGUAAUUUAUCAAUUGAAUUAUUAUAAGGGGAAUCUUGUAGAAGGAGAUGUUAUCAUGACCAACCAUCCACAAGCGGGCGGUUCUCAUUUGCCUGAUAUCACGAUUAUUACACCCGUAUUUGAACAGGGAGAAAUUGUGUUUUUCGUAGCAUCGCGAGGUCAUCAUGCGGAUAUCGGUGGUAUCUCUCCUGGCUCUAUGCCUCCUCAUUCUAAGGAACUGUACCAAGAAGGAGCGGCUAUUAAAUCUUUCAAGAUUGUAUCGAAAGGCCACUUUGAUGCGGAUGGAUUAACCAACCACUUGUGUACAAUUCCUUCUUCCUAUCCUGGAUGUUCCGGCUCGCGUGCGUUCCGUGAUAAUAUCUCGGAUCUCAAGGCACAAAUUGCAGCCAACCAAAAGGGUAUUAGUUUGGUCAAGGCCUUGAUUGCCGAGUACUCUUUACCGGUGGUUCAAGCCUACAUGAUGCACAUCCGUCGUAACGCUUCUGAGGCGGUUAAAAGCUUGCUGCGAAGAGUGGCACAUGAUUAUGCUCCAGAGCUUAUUGCUGUAGAUUAUAUGGAUGAUGGCACACCGAUUCAUUUAAAGAUUACGAUUGAUGCGGAUAAGGGUACGGCCUUAUUUGACUUUGAAGGGUCAGGACCUGAAGUGUAUGGCAAUACCAACGCACCCGAAAGUGUAUGUCAUUCUGCCAUUAUUUACUCGAUUCGUUGUUUGGUGAAUGAGGAUAUCCCGUUAAAUUCAGGUUGCUUGGAACCUAUUGAUAUCAAGAUCCCUGCUAAUUCGAUCCUGAGUCCUUCAGAGCGUUGCGCAGUGGUAGGUGGUAAUGUAUUGACUAGUCAACGUCUUGUGGAUGUGGUCUUAAAAGCGUUUAAUGCAUGUGCGGCCAGUCAAGGUUGCUGCAACAAUUUGACGUUUGGUAAAGGUGGUAAAAAUGAAGAGACGGGUGAGACAACCGUGGGUUGGGGUUAUUAUGAGACAAUUGCAGGAGGAAGUGGAGCAGGACCUACCUGGCAUGGACAAAGUGGUGUCCAUACGCAUAUGACAAAUACACGUAUCACGGAUCCUGAAAUCCUUGAGAGGAGAUAUCCUGUGAUUUUGCAUACGUUUGCGAUUCGACCUCAUUCGGGUGGCGAAGGGCUUUAUCGUGGCGGUGAUGGUGUGAUUCGAGAAAUCGAGUUCUUGGAAGACGGUAUCCAAGUCUCGAUUCUUUCGGAAAGACGUGUAUUUAGACCUUAUGGAUUGGAAGGAGGUCAAGAUGCCGAACGCGGUUUAAAUGUGUGGGUGCGUCAUGAGACGUCAAGUGCAGGAAAACAAGUGAUGCGAACAUUGAAUUUGACAGGCAAGAAUUCUGCUCUAUUUGGAAAGGGAGAUCGUAUUAUUAUCAAUUCUCCUGGUGGCGGAGGAUUUGGUAAAAAGUAAUCUUAUAUUUUAAUGUAUAAAAAUAAAUAUGUAUAUUUUUCUUUUUUUUUAACACAGAA